GCUCGCUCCGCCGCCACCGAAAGUCGCCCAGAGGAGGCGAGAGACCCGGGAGAACGACGGCGCGGGGGACGGACUCCACGUCCCUCCCCUCCGCGCCCAGGACGCGGCCGCUCCCGGCUUCCCUGGGCUUCUCUAGACUUUUAUCACCAGCCCAGGCGCACGCUGGGUUUUCGGAGACAGUCAGAAGCCAAAGACAGUCCAGGCAAUUCUUUGUUGCUAAGUACCAGAGAAGACAGUCGGGAUGGCUCAGGGAUCCGGGGAUCAGAAAGCAGUGGGGAUUGCUGACCCAGAGGAGACUUCUCCCAACAUGAUAGUCUACUGCAAAAUUGAAGACAUCAUUACCAAGAUGCAAGAUGACAAGGCAGGGGGCGUGCCCAUCAGAACAGUCAAGAGCUUUCUCUCCAAAAUCCCCAGCGUUGUUACAGGUACUGACAUUGUGCAGUGGCUUAUGAAGAACCUUUCCAUUGAGGACCCAGUUGAAGCGAUACACCUGGGAAGCCUCAUAGCUGCCCAGGGUUACAUCUUUCCGAUCUCGGACCACGUUCUCACCAUGAAGGACGACGGCACCUUCUACCGUUUCCAGGCUCCUUACUUCUGGCCUUCCAACUGCUGGGAACCUGAAAACACUGACUAUGCCAUCUAUCUCUGCAAGCGGACCAUGCAGAACAAGGCAAGGCUGGAGUUGGCAGAUUACGAAGCGGAGAACUUAGCAAGACUCCAGAGGGCCUUCGCGAGGAAGUGGGAAUUCAUCUUCAUGCAAGCAGAAGCCCAAGUAAAGAUUGAUCGGAAAAAGGACAAGACAGAAAGGAAAAUUCUGGAUAGUCAAGAACGGGCCUUUUGGGAUGUCCACAGGCCAGUGCCAGGCUGUGUGAACACAACGGAAAUGGAUAUCAGAAAAUGUCGACGUCUGAAGAAUCCACAAAAGGUUAAAAAGUCCGUGUACGGUGUGACUGAAGAAUCCCAGUCACAGAGCCCUGUGCACAUACCCAGCCAGCCAAUCAGGAAAACUACAAAAGAUGACAUCCGGAAACAGAUAACAUUUUUGAACGCACAAAUUGACAGACAUUGUUUGAAAAUGUCCAAAGUAGCUGAAAGUUUAAUUGCUUACACGGAACAGUAUGUGGAAUAUGACCCUUUCGUUACGCCCGCAGAGCCAUCAAAUCCUUGGAUCAGUGAUGACAUCACUUUGUGGGACAUAGAAAUGAGCAAAGAGCCCAGCCAGCAGCGAGUAAAGAGAUGGGGCUUCUCUUUUGAUGAGAUAUUGAAGGACCAGGUGGGACGGGACCAGUUCCUUCGAUUCCUGGAGUCGGAAUUCAGUUCAGAGAAUCUCAGGUUCUGGCUGGCUGUGCAAGAUCUCAAGAAACAGCCCCUACAGGAUGUGGCCAACAGGGUGGAGGAGAUCUGGCAAGAGUUCCUAGCCCCUGGAGCCCCCAGCGCAAUCAACCUGGAUUCCCACAGCUAUGAGACCACCAGUCAGAAUGUCAAAGACGGAGGGAGAUACACGUUUGAAGAUGCCCAGGAGCACAUCUACAAGUUGAUGAAAAGUGACAGCUAUGCCCGCUUCCUGCGGUCCAACGCUUACCAGGACCUGCUGCUGGCCCGGAAGAAGGGAAAGUCGCUGGCGGGCAAGCGCCUCACGGGCCUGAUGCAGUCUUCCUGACCGUCCCCGCGGCGGCAGGGCCGGGGCCCGGGCCCGCGGAGCCCCCGGGCAGGCGGCGGCGCUCCACAUCCACGGACAGAGCUUCCUCGCAGGGAGAUUUGGUCGCGGUGAAGGAGAAAGAGUGA